ACCCUUAGGGCUGGUGUGAUAGAGGAGGUUCCUGUCCAGCGUGAUAAAGAAUUUGGGUUUGUGAGGUUUAGUACUCACGCGGAAACAACUCUGGCAAUUAAGAUGGGAAAUGCCCAGUCUUAUCUCUGCAGAAAACUAAUUAAGUGCUAUUGGGGGAGCAAGCCGACUACAACUAGAACUGCUUCAAAUCCUUUUCCUCCACCUACUGCUGCACCUUUGCCAAGUCUUUCCGCAACUGAUAUUCUGACCUACGAGAGGAAGAUAGCAAUGAGCAAGAUGGGUGGUGUCCAUGAUGCAUUGAUGCAUCCCCAAGCGCAACAUCCUCUUUAGUAGGCCACAAUUGGAGCAAGCCAGGCGAUAUAUGACGGCGGGUUCCAAAAUGUAGCUGUUGCACAACAAAUGAUGUACUACCAGUAA